CUCCCGCCUAUAGGCCCCAAGCACAGAGGGAGGAGCAGCUGUAGGCCCCCCCUGGGCUCAGACUCAUUCUGCUGCUUCUGCUAACGCUGUGCCUGGAGCCUGCUGGCCCUGAAGGCCCUUGCCAUGUGGUUGUAUCUAUUGCUGGCGGUGCUGGCCUGGGCCCUGGGCUGGCUGGUGAGGGAUCGCCGAACCCUGCCCUCAGUCAAAGACAAACACGUCUUCAUCACCGGCUGCGACAGCGGUUUCGGCAACCUGCUGGCACGGCGGCUGGCCCAACGUGGCUUCCGUGUGCUGGCUGCUUGCCUGACCCCACAAGGGGCCGAUGGGCUGCAGCGGGGCUGCCCUGGGCACCUCCGAACCACGCUGCUGGAUGUGACCCGCUCUGAUAGCAUCCGGCGUGCUGCAGAGUGGGUGCGGGAGGAGGUGGGCGAGAAAGGGCUCUUUGGGCUGGUGAACAACGCAGGGGUGGCCAACCCCAUCGGCCCCACGGAGUGGAUGCGGAUCGAGGACUACCAGCAGGUGAUGGCUGUCAACACUUUUGGGGCCAUUGAGGUGACCCUACAGCUGCUGCCCCUCCUCAAGAGGGCACGGGGCCGCGUGGUCAACACCUCCAGCGUGCUCGGCCGCCUCUCAGCCAACGGUGGCGGAUACUGCGUCUCCAAGUAUUGCAUCGAGGCGUUCUCCGACAGCCUCAGGCGCGACAUGUACCACUUCGGGGUGAAGGUGAGCAUCGUGGAGCCCGGCUUCUUCAAGACAGCCGUGACCAACCUGGAGAGCAUCGAAGCGUCGCUGCGGCAGCUCUGGGAGCGCCUGGCACCCGAGACACGGCUCAGCUACGGCGAGGAGUUCUUCCACAAGUACCUGAAGGUACAGAGGCUCAUCAUGAACAUCAUCUGUGACGCUGACCUGGGCAAGGUGACACGCUGCAUGGAGCACGCCCUGGGCGCCUGCCACCCGCGCACCCGCUACAGCGCGGGCUGGGAUGCCAAGCUGCUGUGGCUGCCUGCCUCCUACCUGCCCGCCUGCAUCGUUGACUUUGUGCUGGCCACCAUCCUGCCCAAGCCAGCCCACCGUGUCCGCUAGCUGCUCCCCUAAAGCGGCUGUCAGCACCCCAGCACGUGCUUGGGGUCCCCCAGUGCUGCAAAUAAAGCACUCAUCCUUGUGCUAGGAUA